CUGCGGUGUAGCAAUUCUAUCUGUGGCAACCAACGCACUGGUAUACUUCGUGCAGCUUGCCUAUCCUGGGCUGCGGGUUUCCAUGGAGAGGAUGGCGCCAUCCCACAUGCCCGAUGCAAUGUAUCUAAUCUCGGCAAGCUGGCAUAUGAACCUGACAGAAGAUGCGCGGGCUCCACAGGCGCGGAGGUGCAAAGUGGGAGGGAAGCAGAACAACGAAACGAAACGAAUGGAAUGGACGAAUGAUCGGUUUCCCAGGACCCCAUAGGACGGCCUUUAUUCACCAGCCCGCAAAGCGUAGGAAAAUCGGUACGACCUCAAAAGUGCACAGAAAACGACCGGAGAAGAGAGAGAGUGGAGAUUUGACUUCUCCCCGCCUUUUGCUACCUUCUGAGGUAGGGACAUCUUUGGGCAAUGGGGUGGCCGGAGCGCCGGAACAGGAACCGGGGAAGUGGUAUUUUGGCCCUGAAGGAGGGGAACGUGAAUCCGAAAGUGCGGGAGCAGAUUGCAAGGGUCGGGCGGAUUUGGUAAGGCGACGGAGGUAUUUGGAUGUUAUGCGCCAGAGGCGGGUGAUGGGGGUCUGUCUCUCUCCUUGACCACUGGGGUUGUGUGACUGCUGUACCCUUGGGAGGAUACUUAGGUGCAUCUGGGCUUGGCUUGCCAGACUCUUGCUCAUCCGUGCCCUUCGGUUAAGUGCACUCCAUUAGCACCACCUCUCUAACCACCACCCAACCAACCUCCAAAGAUGGACGACAUGCCAGACAUGGAUAUGCCCGGGAUGGACAGCGACACCCCCACCAGCACGCUCGGUACGAUGGGCAUGAUGCUCGGAUUCCACGCGACGCCGUUCGACCAGCUCUGGUUCCUUGGCUGGACACCCCAGACGAACGGCGCCAUGUUCGGUGCAUGCAUCGGUUUGGUUAUCCUGGCAGUCCUGGAACGGUGGGUGGCGGCAAUCCGGGGCUUGUGUGAAGUAUGGUGGAAACAGAGGACGGACGCGAUCCUCGCUGCAAAGUACGCCAACCUGCCUAGCGCCCCACCCCCGCUGCCAGCAGAAAAGAAGUCAGAAGUGGACAUCGAAGACUGCUGUCCCCCCCCGCUCGCCUACUCUCCCCUCCCACCCCCUUUCCCGCGACUCGCCUCCCUGCACCGCCUACCCCCCUUCCUGUGGUCACACGAUCUCCCCCGGGGCCUGCUGCAGGUCGUACAGGCCGCACUGGGAUAUGCGCUCAUGCUCGCGUUCAUGCAGUAUAAUUGGGGCUAUUGUUUAUCUAUACUCGUGGGGUUGGGAGUGGGGGAAACGAUGUUUGGCAGGUUUGCGAUGGGAGGGCACUCGAUGACGGGUGCGUAGGCUGCGAGAGGUUGAGGAUACGUGCGGGGGCGUCACUUUUGAGGUGUAAUGAUCAGUGUCUAAAUAACUACGAAAUGUAUCUUGUAUACCGAGAGGAAGGGAAUAGAAC